CGCCGCCCACUGCGCUACACAUUUUCUGGCCCGCUCUCGAUAGAAUCACUUUUUUUGUUAAACCCCACACAUCUACUAUAUAUUUAUAUAUAUAUAUUGAAAUUCGUAUAUUCGCUGAGAGCUGAAAUUCGCGGCGAAAUAAUUUUAGCAACUUGUUAUCCGUCCAUGCCAUGCGCGAUAAAAUAUCACAACUAUUUUGCUUGCAAAAGAACGCAUGCAAAAAUAAUUCAACAGAUAAUAACAGAGGACAUAAUGUGCCAACAAAAGCAACGAGCAACGGGACCAUGUGCGCCAAUGGGGCUCUUGGGACAGAAGGGCCCGAAGCGCCAGAGACCGACUCAUCAGGGACCGGGCGGAUGCGGAAGCCGCUGGAGAGGAAUGGCUCAACGCAGAACCACGUUGUUCACCUCGAGAGAAGGCUGGGCCUCUUCAGUGGGGUGGCUUUAAUUGUUGGAACUAUGAUAGGGUCUGGAAUUUUUGUGUCACCCUCCGGUUUACUGGUUCGCACUGGUUCCGUUGGAGUUAGCUUUAUAAUCUGGCUUGCCUGUGGUGUGCUCUCUUUGCUGGGCGCUCUGGCAUAUGCUGAACUUGGCACGAUGAACACGUCGUCGGGGGCGGAGUGGGCGUACUUCAUGGACGCCUAUGGACCGGCGCCGGCGUUUCUGUUCUCAUGGUACGCCGUUGAGGCCUUUGUGACGGAAUGCGAUCCGCCCAGGGGCGUGGUCAAGAUGGUCGCCCUGGUGGCAAUUGUGAUGAUCCUGUUCGUGAACUGCUACAGCGUGAACCUGGGAAUGGCGGUGCAGAACAUCUUCACCGCCGCCAAACUGGUGGCCGUGGUGGUGGUGAUCUGCGGCGGAGCCUACAAGCUGAUGCAGGGCAACACGCAGCACCUGUCGAAUGCAUUUAAUGGCCCGAUGCCGAACGUGGGCGCCAUCGCCACGGCGUUCUACACGGGCUUGUGGGCCUACGACGGCUGGAACAACCUGAACUACGUGACCGAGGAGAUCAAGAACCCGAGCAAGAACCUCCCGCGCUCGAUCAUCAUCGGCAUUCCGCUGGUGACGCUCUGCUAUGCUCUCAUCAACAUCUCCUAUCUGGCGGCCAUGUCCCCCGAGGAGAUGAUCGAGUCGGAGGCGGUGGCGGUCACCUUCGGCAAUCGGGUGUUGGGAGCCCUCGCCUGGCUGAUGCCCCUCAGCGUCACCAUCAGCACCUUUGGCAGCGCCAACGGCACCCUCUUCGCAGCUGGGCGUCUUUGCUUUGCGGCCAGUCGAGAGGGUCACCUGCUGGAUAUCCUCUCCUAUGUCCAUGUGCGUCGUCUUACACCUGCUCCGGGGCUGAUAUUCCACUCGCUGAUUGCCUCGGCAAUGGUGCUGCAUGGCACGAUUGAAUCACUGAUUGAUUUCUUCAGCUUCACCGCCUGGAUCUUCUACGGCGGCGCGAUGCUGGCCCUGAUCGUGAUGCGCUACACCAAGCCCAACUAUCCACGGCCCUACAAGGUGCCGAUCAUCAUUCCCGUUGUGGUCUUGGUCAUCUCCGUAUAUCUCGUCGCAGCCCCGAUCUUCGAGACGCCCCGCAUCGAGUACCUCUACGCCCUGCUCUUCAUCUUCGCGGGCCUCAUCUUCUACGUGCCAUUUGUUAAGCUCGGAAUGACACCGAGGUUUAUGAACAAGGUGACGCUGUUCUUCCAGCUUCUGCUGGAGGUGGUGCCCACCUCAUCGAUGGCCAUGUUCGAGUGAAGCUGCCCCGGGAAGUGGUGCUCAAUAUUGGUGGAUCGGGGUCACCAGAUGGCAGAGCGAGAGAGACGCAAAUACAUUCACUUAAUUAACUAUACACACGAGGAUAUAUUGGGAGUGAAGAAGCAUAGACAGGAUACAAUGGACGAGUGUUAAGAGCAACCUAUAUUGAUAUACUGACGUUGUCGUUGACAAAGUAGUGCUAGAGAAACAGAAAACUAUUUGAAAUAGUCUUUUUAUGCUAUGAGCUGGUUAUAUUCAAAAGGUUAUAUAUGAAUAUACAGAUAUUUAGUGCGGAUACAUCCAGGUGUAUCUUUAUGUAGCGCGCAUAGGCCAAGUUGCAUAGUUGAUAUGUACGUACGUUUAUACAAAACCAAACAAAAGCAAAUCUAUAUAUACAUAUAUUUUUGUGUUCUAUUACUUAAAGAUCAAAAAACAAAUGACAGAAGCGACAAAAACACACACCAAAACCAAAGUCUAGAAAACAACUUUGCCAAGCGGUUAGGAGUGGAAGCCCAUCGAUAAAAUGGGUAAUGGUUUGAGUACAGUGCCGCCAGGAAUCGAUGAACACCACCAAUCAGUACAGUACCCACCUAAAAACUACACUCGCCGCAGAGCUUUCGGGUUUGUCCUUGUUUGUAUUCGUUUGAUUUUCCGUUGACGUUUUUCUUUUUACCCACACACUAUGUUCGAGUUAAACGAUCUAGAGAUCGGCUGGAAUAGCAAUAUUUAUAUAGAUAUAUAUAUAUAUAUACGGCGGGGACAGGGAUGAUAAUAAAACCAACAAGGAAACACAAAAUACAAAAAUAAGAAAAACCCCAACUGAAUGUUUCUAACUUUGUGCGACAAUGACGCGUGUGAAAUUCGUAGGACUGCAAAUAGGCAUUAAAGAUUUGUAAUUGAUACCAAAGUAAGGUAAAGAAAACAAACACUGAGAAAACUCAAACAAAAAAAUAGAAAAAGCCAAUGAAAAAAAGAGAAAAGCAAACAUAAAUACCACUAUGGAUACUUGUUAAAUACAUUUUUUUGCGACUUCUGUCUGCUUUGACAAAUCGUUGCAACCAAAGCUAGAUUUAGAUUAAGAAUGGCGGUUAUACUUCUAUUAUUAUAUUUAAUGUACCAUUUUUUUUUUUUUUUUGAAUUUUUGUUUUCGGUUUUUUGGUUUUCGUGGAGGACUCGUCGUACGCGAGUUAGAAAAAGACAGCAGAUGCAGGUGCCGUCUCACUCGGCUGCAAAAAUACAGAAUUUACCACUUUUCUUUAAAGUUUGAUAUACUUUUUUUUUGACUUCUUGCUAUGCUUCUCAAUUGUCUGAACCGAUAUACAAAACAUUUAUAUCUUUACCUAUUUAUAGGGAUACUACAGAACUUACACACACAUAAAUAUAUAUUUAUAUAAUUUGUUAAGUUUAUAAAUUUUAUAAUUUUAUUACCAACUAUUUACAAUGAGCUAAACGGUAACCAGAACAAAUCGAAAAUCUCUAUCUAUACAUGUACCUACCACCUAAUAACAAAAGAAUUGUAUUAUGUAAACCAAAAAUUGACGAAAUAAAGUUUUUGAAACACAUUA